GAAUCGCCUCUGUUUGUGACGUCACGACAUGUCGUGACCUCACCAGAACGGCGGUUUCUGGCUGCUUACAUUCGUAAAGAGGCUGCUCGAGGUCUGCUGCUAGUCAUAUAGAGAGCGCCAUGUCUAAAGAGCAACAGGCGCCCCGUGAGCCCGAGCAGCUCCGUAAACUGUUUAUCGGGGGACUCAGUUUUGAGACAACAGACGAGAGUCUACGAGCCCAUUUCGAGCAAUGGGGGACCCUUACAGACUGUGUGGUUAUGAGGGACCCCAACACAAAGAGGUCAAGAGGUUUUGGGUUUGUGACCUAUAGUUCAGCCAGUGAGGUAGAUGCAGCAAUGGAUGCACGUCCACAUAAAGUGGACGGAAGAGCUGUUGAACCCAAGAGGGCCGUGUCUAGAGAAGACUCAUCAAAACCAGGUGCUCACUCCACUGUUAAAAAGAUUUUUGUGGGUGGAAUCAAAGAAGAUACGGAUGAAGAACAUUUGCGUGAGUAUUUCUGUCAGUUUGGUAAAAUCGAGGAGGUGAACAUCAUGACUGAGAAGAACAGUGAUAAGAGGAGAGGAUUUGCCUUUGUCACAUUUGAUGACCACGACUCUGUUGACAGAAUUGUCAUUCAGAAGUACCACACAGUAAAUGGACAUAACUGUGAGGUCAGGAAAGCUCUCUCCAGAGAGGAAAUGAACAGGGUUUCAAUGAAUCCACGAGGUGGCCGAGGUGGUGGUGGCGGCAGCAACUUUGGCAGAGGAGGCUAUGGAGGUGGAUAUGGAGGAAGAGGAGGUUAUGGUGGCGAUGAUGGAUUUAAUGGCUAUGGAGGGAAUGGUGGUGGCUAUGGUGGAGGCGGUAACCGUGGUUACGGAGGUGGCAGCGGUGGUGGUGGUUAUGGCAACCAGGGAGGAGGCUACAGUGGUGGUGGAUAUGAUAACUACAACAAUGGAGGUGGAGGCAACUUUGGAGGCAACUUUGGAGGUGGAGACUAUAAUGACUUUGGCAACUACAACAACCAAUCCUCCUCUAACUAUGGCCCCAUGAAGGGAGGAAACUAUGGAGGUGGUGGAAGGAGCGGUGGUGGCCCAUAUGGUGGUUAUGGAGGCGGCUCUGGUGGUGGUGGUGGUUAUGGUGGAGGCUCUGGUGGCCGGAGGUUUUAAGUUCCAGGGCCACAGUACUUAGGAGAGCCAGAGAGAGAGAUGACAGGGAAAGGAGAGAAUGAAGGAAAGCAGCAAGCAGGUUUACACCUAGAUCUACCCAGCCAAGCGGCGUGGUGGCAGUAUUAACCUCUGCCACGCGAAGAGAACAUGUUCAAUAGGGGAGGAAAAUCAUGUGGAGGGGUGGGGGUGGGGGGGGGAGACAACAACUUGUCAAAAGUACUCUCAUCCUGGCGAACAUUUACUAGUUUGUAGAUUGUCCCUUUUUUGUUUGUGAAGUGCAAAGCAUUCCAAUGAGGUUUUAUACAGGGUUUAAUUUUUGGCUUUUCUCUUAAACCAGAAGGGUGUCUUUCUUUUGCUCUUUUAAAUGUAAACAUUUACCAAUCAAGAUUAAAUAAACCGCUCCAGUUUUUUUAAAUUAUUAUUGCAUUAUUGCUGUGUUUUAAUUUAGUUAAAUGUGAUAUUCAACAGUCGCUCACUUGUGUACGAAUGAUUGUGUAGUACACAACGGACCCUUACCAAACUGUUGUGUGCUUUUGUGUAGCUAUCUUUCCCAAUCUUUAAGGUUUGUCUGUAGAUUUAAGCCUUAAACAUUUAGUCACCUUGACUUUUUUAAAGAUUAAUUAAAAAGGUUUGGAAGUACAACGGUCUUGGUAGCUGCAAAAUGAAUGCAACAUUGGUUUCACUGGGAUAUCAACCUUUCUUUGCAGUGAAGUUUCCAGUAAAGGAUUUCCAUUAAUGGUUUAUGUCCGUAAUUAACUUUAGUAGGAUAGUGCAUUUUAUUUGUAUUAUUGGGCUAAGUAUUUUUUCCCCCAUUUUGACAUUUUAUAUAUAUACUGCUAUUGCUAGUUAGCAUGUAGUUUCAUCUUUUGGACAAGUUGAAUGUCCUUAUGUUUUUAUGAUUGAAGUCCAUGAGGAGUUUUAGCAGCUCUGCAUUGCCAACUGAAGGCGAUCACUCGCAUAAACGAUCAGACUAUCCAAUGAAGUGUCAAGUUCUAGCCGUCGGGAGGAGCCAGCUUAAAGGCUAGACAAACAGAAGAGACUAUUGAGAAGUGCUCCAGCGAAGAGAGGCUAGCCAUUGGAUUGAGCCAGCUGAGAGGCUAGCUUAUUGGAAUCGCCAGCUAAGGGACAGUAGCAAGAUCCACGCUUGGAGCCAGAGAAGCAGGGGACAGCAAGCAGUCUUUUUGAGAACAGAUGAUUGCUCUUGUAAGACUAGCGAGAAACAGCUACCAAAGUAUUUAACAUACCAGACUGGUAGGUAAAAGGAGAAUUUUAGUUUUGUUUAAUGUCAAUUAUUUGUGCACAUCAAAAUAAGUUAAAAGAUUUUGUUGAUUUCGUUGUUGUGGUAAAAACAUGGCUGCUGAACUAUAACGGUGACAAUUUAUAAACUGAUUAAAGGAUCGGUAUCUUUAACUUUUGUUAUAAAAGUACUUAUGUUUUUAUGGUGGUGCAUGUGAGACUUAGACUUCCUGUGCUUGGCUACAUGUUUAGUGAUGACCACUUAAUGUUAAUGUGGUUAUUUCUUCUUCUAGGUGGAUAAACUGGUGAAUUUUAAUCCUGUGGCACAUCGUUGCAUCAACAGUAACUGGCUGAUAAUCUUGAAGGUAACUUUCAUAUGUUAAACAUAAUUUUAAAAUAUUUCAUCUCUCUCUUUCAAAAUGAUUCAAUUUCUUUACUUCCAGGCUAGCUAAAGACCGCUGCAAGCCUCUACCCCAAAAAAGUUUUUAAAAUUUAAUUUCUAUUCUAAAGCUCCAGCUUUUUACCCAUGUUUUAGGAUGGACAGAAUAUCUGAAAUGGUAAUCUAUCCUCGAACUAAACUGAAGUGUGAAACGAAUAAUACUAACAAUUAGUGUUUGAUAUCUAGAAACAGUGUUGUGGGUUUUUAAACACAUCUGUAUGAAUUUCUAGAUGUUUUCUUUGCUGAGCGACAUUUAAUGCCAGGCUUAAGUAUGUCAGCUGUGUUGGUGUCUCUACUUUUUUUAGUUAUGAAACUGAACUUUACUUUUUUUCCAGGUUAUCACAGCAUGGAGCCAAAUCAUAGCUGCUGGGCAGCAGUAGACACUUUUGUCUUUCAACUGUUUUGACAGCGAUUUCUCUUAGUUUUUAUUAUUUAUUUUUAAUAAAAUUGAGAUACAUGCAUUA